AUGGGAAGGUUUGAUAAGGGAAUCCACAGAGGAGAGAGACCCUACAUGUGCUCUGAGUGUGGGAAAAGCUUCAGUCAGAGCUCCUACCUUAUCACACAUAGGAGAAUCCAUACGGGUGAGAAACCUUAUGGAUGCUCUGAGUGUGGGAAACGCUUCAGUUGGAGAUAUGCCCUUGUCGCGCAUCAGAGAAUCCACACAGGAGAGAAACCCUACAUGUGCUCUGAGUGUGGGAAAUGCUUCAGUCGGACGUCAGCCCUUAUCACACCUCAGAUAAUCCACACAGGUGAGAAACCUUAUGGAUGCUCUGAGUGCGGGAAAAGCUUCAAACAGAGCCCUAGCCUGAGCAGACAUCGUAGAAUCCACACAGGAGAGAGACCCUACACAUGCUCUGAGUGUGGGAAAACCUUCAUUGACAGCUCAAACCUUGUCAGACAUCGUAGAAUCCACAGUGGAGAGAGACCCUACACAUGCUCUGCAUUUGGGAAAAGCUUCAAUCAGAGGACCUCAACUCUUCUCACACAUUGGAGAACCCACACUGGAGAGAAACCCUACAUGUGCUCUGAGUGCGGGAAAAGCUUCAUUCGGAGCUCUGCCCUGAUCACACAUCGGAGAAUCCACACAGGUGAGAAACCUUAUGGAUGCUCUGAGUGUGGGAAACACUUCAGUCAGAGGCCACACCUUACCACACAUCAGACAAUCCACAUGGGCGAGAAACCUUAUGAAUGCUCUGAGUGUGGUAAACGCUUCAUUGAUAGUUCAACCCUCAUCUCACAUCAUAGAAUCCACACAGGAGAGACGCCUUACACAUGCGCUGAAUGUGGGAAAAGCUUCAAUCAGAGCUCAAACCUUAUCAAACAUAGGAGAAUCCACACAGGUGAGAAACCUCAUGGAUGCUCUGAGUGUGGGAAACACUUCAUUCAUCGUUCAGCCCUCAUCUCACAUCAGAGAAUCCACACAGGAGAGAAGCCCCACAUAUGCUCAGAGUGCGGGGAAAGCUUCAAUCAGAACUCUACUCUGAUUGCACAUCAGAGAAUCCACACAGGAGAGAGACCCUACACAUGCUCUGAGUGUGGGAAAAGUUUCAAUCAGAGCUCAAACCUUAUUAAACAUCAGAAA